AUGACGCGGUCUCAUCUUAAACUGCAGCAGUUAGAUGUGCACACUGACUACCGCAGUCGAGGUGCUGGCAGGAUGUUGACUGACUGGGGUAUCAAUGAAGCCGAUGAACUUGGUUUAAAGUCGUGCGAAGAGUCCAUUUUAUUUGCCAUACCCAUCUACGAGAAGUAUGGAUUGGGACACAUUGAUAGUCUUGAGCCAGAUGUGGCCGUGUUGAAUCCGAUGCCAAAAUGGAAAGGGGAUGCAACGGAUGGUUUACGUGUUGCGAUGAUGUCGCGACCAACUGGUCAAAAUUAUCGUGACGACGUGGGAGGAGCCCCUUGA